UGUCAACUAAUGAGUGAAGAUGAAUCGAGAGCCAGGCCAUUUUGUAUAUGACCGAGUUUCGCCAAGAUCCGAGGACGAUCAGAUUAGAGAUGAAACCGCACUACAAAUUCAGCCUCUUAGAACAGAAAGUCCAAGAACAUGCCGACCCAUUUAUCAUGUCAUUUUCUUGUCGAUUUCAAUAACAACCAACGUUUUAUUAUUGUUCCUCGUACACAAGAUAUAUUUUACCAACCUCGCAGACCAAGGCCCUGCAAAAGAAUUGGAUGAUGACUGUUCUAUAAUACACAGAAGGGGAGAUACCAAUAAGAUACACGUCUGUCUGCAUCAUCCAGCUGAAAGCGAAAGUCAAGUCUCAUCGAAAACUGCAUUAUAUUGUCUACGUGGUCACGAAAGUACAAUUUUUCUUCUAAAAUUGAUGCUUGAUCAAAAGAAAAAGACGCCGUCGUCUCUUUUCGGACUAUAUGAAAUAUCCUUUAAACAAGAGGAGAAUAAAAUCCAGAUGAAGUCUACAUUAAAGAGGGUCCCGAUGAGGUCUCUAAUUCCAGCAUCUGCAAAUAGAAUACACCUGUCAAAGGGAGGGCUGUACAAUGUAUUUGGCAGCAUGUGUUUUUCUGCGAAAGACAUCAGAGAAAAAGUUGAAAAUGUGAACAUAAAAUUAGAAAAAAUUAAUAUAGGUAUCAAAGAAACCAUAAUUAAUAAAAAUGUAACUGUUCAUUGGAAUCCCAAUUCUUAUGUUGAUAUAAAUUUUAUGAUUAGUAUUUGGCUACGAAAUGAGACGGAUUUAUUUUUAUUUAUGAAUCAUCCAAACCGCAUUUAUAACUUGCCAGAAUGUAAUUCAAUAGGGAUUUACAAAUCAACGUAAAUGUUAUCGGUAUUUUUAUCUUGCUGUUAAAAAGCAUAGUGUUUUAUCUCUUUAUUUAGAUUCAUGGUCAAGUAGUUGAAUUAGCAAACUCGAAAGAUCCUUCUUAAAGUAUUUUAAAUAUUGUCCAUUAAGAAAAAGCCAUCAUGGUUUAACAAAGAAAUAGUUGCAUGACAUACUUGUUACAUGUUAAAAAAUGAUAAAGUUAUGUAA